GGAGAAAUGAUCCAAUACCAGAAGCUCCAAGAGAGGAUGGUUUUACAAUUGAGGAUGAUGCCUUUAUCAGCUACCAUAGUGAUAAACAGUUGUGGAUUGAACGAGAUUUGUGCAGGGAGUUAGAAAAUGGAGAUGAUAUUAAGUUCACUCUGAUGUAUGAUGAUAGGAUCAUGCCUGGUGGCUCAAUCUUUACAUCACUAGGCAACGCCAUCAACAGCUGUAGGAGGAUUCUAUUUGUGGUGAGUCGUGGAUGGGUAGCAGAUGCCAUGAACCAGUUCGAGGUUGAUAUGGCCUUGGUGAAGAUGCUAGAUGACCACAGGGACAUGAUCAUUGUGCUUCUCAUGGAACACAUCCCUAAAACGGAGAUGCCUGACAAGCUAAAAAUGAUGGUGAAACACAACACCUGCCUCAGGUGGAGUGACAAUGAGAGACUACAGGCAAAGUUCU